GACUUAAGGUUCACUGACACAACUGUCUUCUCUCUUACAUAUCCAUCAUAUAAAACUCUUUGAGUUAACUAUUCAAACCACUUAGUUAUGGGUUUGAUUUCCCGUAAGGUGUGUGUGCUUAUCUUUGUACUCGCUCUAGUCGCCGAAUUUGCGUUCGGACAUGUUGAGGUUAACGACGACAAACACUUUUUCAAAAAACCACGCCCGUUCCUACACAAACCCCGGCCGUUCCUACACAAAUCUCGUCCAUUCUUUCACAAGCAUGGCAUUUACAAGAAGGGUUUUGGUAAGGGUCUAGGCGGAGGGGGCGGUCUAGGAGGUGGAGGCGGUCUAGGAGGCGGCGGAGGCCUAGGGGGCGGGGGUGGUCUAGGAGGCGGUGGCGGUUUGGGUGGAGGAGGCGGUCUAGGCGGUGGAGGCGGUCUAGGAGGAGGAUACGGUGGUGGUGCUGGAGGAGGAUACGGUGGUGGUGCUGGAGGAGGAUACGGGGGAGGUGGAGGACUUGGAGGAGGGGGAGGAUUUGGUGGUGGUGGCGGAGGAGGAUUGGGCGGUGGGGGAGGACUUGGAGGAGGAUAUGGUGGUGGUGGCCAUCACUGAUCAAUGAGGCACAUGCUCAUGCAUUUGUACGUUGUUAUUAUUUAAUUAAAUGAAAUAUGAUAAUUGAUUAUUACAAAAUAAAAUGAUACACUAGCAAUUGUGUAUGUCGUUCUUUUUAUUUUGAGUCGCAUUGUAUGCUUGAUUCCGUAUAUGUUAUGCUUUGGUUGGUUGGUUGGUUGGUUGAUAAAAUUGUUGUUUACUUUUUGUGAACAGUUAUUGAGUGGUUUUAUUUCUUGUGAUAAAUGAUUUCUUACUCGAGCUUUUGCAAUA